GUUCUCAUCAUAUCAACAUUUCGAAACACUCCUAAGUUCAACAGAUAUUAACCCAACACAAGCAUUAAAAGCUUGUAGGACUGUGUAUCCUCAGAAACGAUACAUUCUACUUUGCCAUCUGCAAUGUGAGACCAAAAAGAGGAAGAAAAACACUUCAAGUCUAGUCUUGAACCACAGGAAUCCCACUCAUGGUUGCAGACCUGCGCAGAAUCGACAUUGAGACUACAAAAAUGGGAACCGGGGGCCGGGGGCAUAGUUAAGUUUCCUCAUUGAAACUUCUCAGAAAACGACUACGAGCAUAUUAGAAUCGCAACUUGACAAGGUUUUGAUCAAGGUUUUCCACUAGUUCGAGAAACAAACAAGAUCAGGGCGAGCUGAUACUCCAAACCCAUGGAAAGAAGAAGUCAAAUUGCCAGAGAGAAAGGGAAGCAAACAGACCUGCACGAGUGCCGGAAGCACCAGCUCGCUUGAGGCCUUUCUUUUUCAGGAUGAAGCUAGAACCGAUAAACGCGUUGGACGCCACUGCCAAUAUCAGCCCCGUCGUAUUCUCCGAAACUCCCAUCUUUCGUCCGCCUCCCGUUUUACAUAAACACAGACAGUGGCGGCAGCAGAGAAGCGGUGCGGUGGAGGCGGCGGCGGCGGCGGCGGCGGCGGCGUACUAUCUAGCCCUAGAAUUCAAUUCGAUCGCAGGAACUUUGACGGAUUCCAGCCUUCCGUGGAGAUCAAAGAAAAAAAAUAGAGAGAAGAAACUCGGCCGAUUUCCCGCCAAAAUGCAAAACGACAAACCACAGAAGGUGAUGCCAAUCAGAACGGCGCAGAUGUGCUCUCUCCCUCCGACGCGGCGGAGACAACCGGGAAGCUCUGAGACAGUUCGGAAGUCAGCUGAUUUGAGUUCCCGUCGUUCGCUGAGUCGUCGGAUAUCUGGAUCAGGGGAAUGAGAAUGAAUGACAGAAGAGAGAGGAGGUUAAGCAAUUAUCCAGUGUUUCGCAGGAACGAGAAGUGACUCUACACCCGGUGAUGGCAGCCGCUUAACGACUUGUUGAUCUUAAGUUCAGCCAUUAUGUCCGUCCGAUUUCGAUAUGUCCAAAAAAACUACAGAUUUUUUUUUUUAAUGGUGUGAGGAUUGAGGAACCGUGUAAUCUGGCCUUUCUGCCUAUUGGCUCGCUGAAAAGGUCACAAUAAAAUAUAAUUUAAACUUUUUUUUAUAAUAAUUUCGUGGCGGGCGAGCGGUAAGAUGACAAUUGGCGGGUUGGUUCAGGGUUCACGUUACCGUAAUGCCCUUCACUCAUGAAUAUUCUCCAGUUACUAGGGAUGACAAAAAUGUCCGUAACCGUAGAUAUCCAUCCGAAUCCAACCUAAUUGGGUAGGGUAAAACCCGAAUUCGAAUAACUUUUAGUGGGUACGGGUAAAACCCGAACCCGAAUAUUGCGGGUAAUUGGUGGACAUGGUUUUCUCACUAUCCAACUCGAACCCGCCCGAUUAUACCCAUGAUAUGUAUUUUGUCUAGAAAUAAUCAAUAUUUUUCUCU